CAAUACAAAGACCGACCGACGCUGUUAAGAGUAAACCGCAGUGCCGCUAAUAUGUUCUCUCUUGUGCUGGUAGCGUUAUUCUGUGCUCUAAAGGCUGCUUCUUCUGCUGAAUUGUCUCAGAAUCAAAAGGCGCUGAAUUUCUUGCACAAGUAUGGCUAUCUUUCCAAUCGAGCUCGCUCAGGUAACCAUGACGUGGGGAAAGCCAUCAGAAUGUACCAGACGUUCAUGCAUCUCCCAGUGACAGGAAAACUGGACGAACUCACAUUGAAAGAAAUGGCCAAACCUCGAUGUGGUGUAGCAGAUAUUGAAGACUUCCCCACCCGUGUUCGUAGGUACGUCCUGUGGGGGUACAGGUGGUACAAGACCGACUUGACCUAUUAUCUGCAGUUUGGUAAAGAUUUGUAUGAGGCUGAUCAAGUAAGAAUUAUYAAGGAAGCGUUUGAGAGAUGGUCAAAGGCGGCACCGAGACUCAAGUUUACAAGAACAAUGGAYCCCARAAGAGCAAAUUUCAGAUUGAGCUUUGGGUACAGUGAGCACUCCGGUGUCCCUGGGGAGAGGAAGUGCAGUAGUAAUUUUGAUGGAUGGAACGGUGUUCUUGCCCACGCCUUCGCGCCUCAAGAUGGCCGUGUUCAUUUUGAUGAGAAGGAAUGGUGGUCAGCGUAUGAGAAUCACGGUUUAUUCAAGCAACCCUUACCACAGGUAGCCACCCAUGAGAUCGGCCACGCCCUUGGGCUUAAACACUCUAAUGUUGACGGUGCCGUCAUGUGGCCAAGCUGCUGCUACUCAACCGCUGACUUGAGUAACGACGAUAUCGCUGGCAUCAAAAAGAUCUAUGGUUGAUGGAAUCGCGUUCAAAUAAUAAAGUGACUACAUUAUUUAUUUGCUAUUUCCGUUA